AUGGGUAGGCACUGUGGGGACACUCGUAGAGAUGCCCACGUGGACCCCCAACAACACAGAUCGACCUCUCCAGUCGGGUGCAGCUUGCAGUUAACACACAACUGGGACUCAGGUGCCUCUGCGGCAGCAGACCCAGGCUUGGAGCCCCGGACGCUGGGACAGGCCGCCCGCAGGCCAUCCCCGCCACGCGCGGGCCACGACACCUCCCGCAGGGCCCGCCCACCGGCCCAGGGACCACCAAGUGGCGCCUCCCCGAGUCCGAUGCACACCCGGAAGCCUCCCAAGACUCGCUGCUCCCGGGGAAACCCGCAGACCCGCCCUCCUGGCCCUGGGUCCCCGCGACCAGUGGCAGGAGGUCUCAAAACCGGCGCCCCCCGCCCUCUGUGCCAGCCCCUGCUGGGAGCCCACAAGGCAAGGCCCAAGAAGAUUGUAUUUGAGGAUGAGCUGCCCUCCCAGGCCCUCGUGGGCGCCAAGAAGCCUACUGGAGCCGUCCCCAGGGGGCAUAUGCCUAGGCCUCCCCCAGUGCCUGACUAUGAGCUUAAAUACCCACCAGUGAGCAGUGAGAGGGAACGGAGCCGCUAUGCCGCAGUGUUCCAGGACCAAUAUGGAGAGUUCCUGGAGCUCCAGCAGGAGGUGGGAUCCGCACAGGCAAAGCUCCAACAGCUGGAAGCCCUGCUGAGCUCGCUGCCCCGGCCCCAAAGCCAGAAGGAAGCUAAAGUUGCAGCCCGUGUCUGGAGGGAGUUUGAGAAGAAGCGAACAGACCCUGGCUUCCUGGACAAGCAGGUGCGUUGUCACUACCUGAAGGGUAAACUGAGGCAUCUCAAGAACCAGAUCCAGAAAUUUGACGACCAAAGAGACAGCGAGGGCUCUGUGUACUUCUGAGCGGCCUGGCAGACGUGUGUGGGUAGGGACCCCUUGCUUCUCUUCCUACCUGCAGGCCUCUUCUCGUGCCCCUCCCCCAGCCUGGAGUAGCUUCCCUGGUCACAGAGGCCUCGGCUGUGAUGGCCCCUCUUCCAGGAAGCCUUCC